CUGCCCCGACCCGCGCCCCGUGAUAAAUUACCCGACCUGGACCCAACCUGCCACGGGGCGGGUAUGGGUAUCGUGAUACCCGCCCCGGACCUACCCCAUUGCCAUUCCUGCCUAGUGCAAAUGAAGAAGUUUCAAGUCCUUCUUUUACACCUCUCUUAUUUUAUAACUUAUUUGUUCAUCUAUUAUCCGUCGGAUCUACAUUUAUUAGCCAUUAGGUUUCCUAUAGUAGUUAUUGUCUACUAAAGUUUUCAUCUAUUGUUCAUUGUUUUCCCUAUUGUAGCAAUUCUCAAUUAGGUUUUCAUCAAUGAUCUUUUACCCAAAUCAUCGCCAUGGCCCACCAAUUCACAACCCAUCUCGAAACACUAUCAACGAAAUCAAUGAACAAUAGAUGUCACGACAGCUACCGAAUAUCCUUAACAUAUCUAUUAUGAACAAUCCUCGUCUUCGCCCACUAAUUCACAACCCUUCUUCAAACAUUGUUGGUGGAAUCCUAAGUUGUACCCAUCGUGACUCAAGACCGCCAUAAAAAAUUCAUACUAAAUCUGCUAUGUGUUGUCGUGUUUUGUAUUGGAAUCGAGUUUCAUAUUCUUUAGUGUUUUCUUAUGUCUCUUUCUCCUUUUGGUUAAGCAUGACAAUUGAACUCAAACUCAUGGGUAUCCAACCUAAUUCGACCAGGUCAAAGCGACUCGAACCCAACAUUAGUAUUUUUUAAAUUUCUAUUUUUUUUCCUUUCGUUAAGAAUGACAAUUGAACCAAACUCAUGAUAUUGACGAGUUUUCUAUUGAGAGUGAGUUUUAUCCGCUUUUGUAGUUGGCAAGUUGGGCCGAGUGUGAAUUUGUUAAGAACUCGAUUCGUCUAGGUCAAAGCGAGCUGAACAAGUUUUGGAUCGAGAGUGAGUUUCGUCCGCUUUGAUGAUUUUUAUUUCUCCUUUUCCUUUUGAAUGAGAAUGACAAUUGAACCCAACCCCAGGGCUAACGAGUUUUGUAUCGAGAGUGUGUUUUAUCUGCUUUUAGAAUUGACAUGUUGAGCUGAGUGUGAAUUGUUAAACACUCUGUUCGAACCAAUCAAGGUGAGUUGAGCUCGGUGUGUAAAGAUUUUGGUAUAUAUGGAGCGAGAUCUAUCCGUUUUAGUGUUUUUUAUUUAUCCUUUUUCCUUUUGGUUGAGCACCCAAACCUAUGGGUAUCAAACCUAUUCAAUAUGAUCAGAACAACUUGAACCCUGUGUUUACAACUUAAACAUAGAAAUCAUUUGCUCGAUGACCCUUCUCCCUUAUUAAAGUUCAUCGUUUUGUCAACUACAUAAAGUUGUAGAUUACAAACCCUUUAAUUUUGGGUCAAAAUUCAAACUAUUAAUUUUUGAAAUAUCACGUACUCGCUUAGAUGUGAAGUGAUAGCGAGCGAACUUAUUUUAGUCUAGUUUGAAAGUGAAAGAUCACUGGAGCUGGGCACAAUUGGUGGUCCAGCUACUCGAUCGAGCUAGGCCCAGCCUUUGUGCCGGGACGGAUUUUUAGCCGGGAAAGUAUGGGCUGGACUGACAUAAUCCAUCAAGUCGUCAUCGACUUAUCCUUCUCCUUCUAUGAUCAUGCAUGCAUUCAAUCCCGAUUACACUAAAACGGUGAUCCCGUUAAAAUCCUCCUCCGUUGGACCGCCUCUUGCAGCCGUUACUUAACCGUUAGUUUACGCGACCAAACUCCUCUCACAGUCAAAUUCUGAAGACUAGCAAAAAAAAAAAAAAAAAAAAAAUCUCCUUCAGGAAUUUCCGUUGUCGAAGCAAUGGCUUCCCUUGGCAAGACAACCGCCGGAAUCGACGGCGGCGGCGGCGGACCUCACUUCUUCAAGAUCAUUCUGGACGACGCCAUUCGUGACGGCAAGCUUUUCAUUCCGACGAAGUUCGUGAAGCUGUACGGCGGGAACCUUGAGGAUUCGGCGGUGCUGAGGGACCCAUCAGGAACGGAGUGGACGGUGGAGCUGACGGAAUCGGACGGCGACGUUUGGCUUCAGAAAGGGUUUCCUGAGUUCGCGGAGUUCUACUCGCUGUCCCACGGCUACUUGGUCGUGUUCGAGCUCGUCGAUCGCUGGACCAGUCGUUUCAACGUCGUCGUUUUCGAUCCCACAGCGACGGAGAUUGAGUACCCUUCUCCUCCUCUGGCAGCUCUGUCUUGGAAGAAGGCGGUCCCCAACCCCAAGCCAUCCCCUGUUCACGAGGCAAUGCUGACGAGUGAUUCUAAUGAAUCGGAAACUGAUGUUGAUGAUUCGUCUGUUGAGAUAUUGGAUGCGUUUCCGUCUCUGCCGGGGAAAUCGAGAGGGGGCAGAGAUGGAGAUUUGGUGAAUAAUUGUUCGAGUGAUGUCAAGGUUGGGACUGGGAGGAGGACGGCAGAGGCGAUUAUGUGUUUGGAAACUUUGGAUGAUGCAGGGGAUCAAUGGAAGAAGAUGAAGUUUUGUGCAUCAGCUCCAGCGAAACUCGAAGUCGAUCGAAACAGAGGAGGAACAAUGAACAAUGGUGUGAAGAGGCUAAGAGGAUUGAGUUUGAAUGAGAAGACGGAAGCCAUUGGUAGAGCAAGGGAAGUUUUCACCUCAGAAAUGCCUCACUUCAUGGUUGCUGUCCACCCUUCCUACAUCCAUCCUGGCUCCACUGUGUCAAUACCAAUGAGCUUCGCCAGGGAACAUAUGAAGGCCAGGGAUGGUGAUGCAAUCCUCAGCAGAGAGUAUGACGGCGGCAGGAGGUGGAAGGUGAAGGUCAUAGUGAACGCGGAACCGGGGACGACGUCGAGGAUCUUGACGGCGUCGUUUGGGAUCGGGUGGAAGGACUUCGCCGGAGCUAAUCGGCUCGGAGUCGGGGACGUGUGUGCGUUUGAGCUGGUGAAGAGCAGUCCCGACGCUGCAGUCCUCACAUUCCGAGUCACCAUUUUCAGAAAAGAUCACAAGGUGGGAGUUGGAAUCGUGUGAUUCACGUGCAAGUGGACAUUUUGUAUCAUAUAUGGACGAGACGACGAGCAGUAGGUAGCUGAGACAAAUUGUAACUUGUGGGCUCUCUUGAGAUUUAUUAUACUAAAAGACCUAUAUGUAAAUCCAUGCCCUAAUGCAUAUUGGAAAUUUUAUAAAAACAUCCUUGGUCUAUACCAUUUGUCAACAUAAUUGGCCUACUAACUGAUUCUUAGUUAAUUACACACACUUAGUUUAUUGGUACAUCUAGUAAGGUGAAUCUCGAACUCGAACGAGUCAUAUCGACCUCUAAGUGACUCUUGCUUCGUAAGAGUUGACAGAUCAAUCUCCCUAGUCUGAUCCAUUCAAGAUGGUAGUGUUGUGUUAGAGUUGAGCUAUAAAAGGAUCCCAUAAAG